ACCUGAACGCCUCCCUCUGUCCAACAUGGCGGCCCCCGGCAGGUGCGGGUUCUUCGUGCAGAAAAAGAAUCGGUUCUGUAAAAUGGUCGUCGGGAAAGGGAAACAGUUCUGCGGAGAACACGCGACCAUGGAGGAAGUGGGCGGCAGCAAAAGGAUCCCCUGUCCUCUGGACCCCAAACACACAGUGACUAAAGACAAACUGGAGAAACAUCUGAAGAAAUGUAACUCAAGAGAAAAACCAAGAGCUGUUUAUUUUGUCAAGAACAUCAAUGCUGGUCCAUCUGGUGGAGAUGAGAACAUUCCUCAGGUGGGUCUCUCUGAGCGCAGCAGAGCAGAGUUGGAGUCUCUGGUGGACAAAUUGAAGACAGCUGUUCAGGGACUGCAAUGGGACGUGGAGGACAAGAUUCUGUCUCACCUCGUCCUCCAGGAUGAACUGACCAACCCAAAGAAUGGAGACUCCGCCCACAAACACCUGAAGCAGCAGACCUCCAUCUUGGGUCACCUGGAGGAUCUGGGGCUGCUCAGGCGUGGACGCUGCUUUGUGGAGUUCGGAGCAGGACGAGGGAAGCUCUCUCACUGGAUCCACGAGGCCCUGAAGACCCACGAGAUCCUGAAGACCCACGAGGACAUGAAGACCCAAGAAGAUCUUCAGCUGCUGCUGGUGGAGCGCUCCAGCACUCGCUUCAAGGUGGACGGGAAGCAUCAGGACACCAGAGCAGAGUUUGAGAGGCUGCAGGUGGACAUUCAGCACCUGGACCUGAGGAAAGUCCCGCUGCUGCAGCAGAAGAAGCUUCCUUUGGUCGGAGUUGGGAAACAUUUGUGUGGAGCAGCAACAGAUUUGGCUCUGCGCUGCUUACUGGAAACAUCUAAAGUCAGAGAGGAAACAGAACCAGCUCCAAAACGCCUCAGAUCAUCAGAACCAUCAGAGCCAAGGUCAGGUGAGGAUCCAGAGACACCAGAACCUGGUUCUGGUAUCGGUCCGGUGCUAGGCCUGGCAGUGGCACUGUGCUGCCACCAUCGCUGCGAGUGGCGUCACUAUGUGGGUCAGCGGUUCUUCCUGCAGAACGGACUUGGACCUGCGGAGUUUUCUGCCUUCUGUCGGAUGUCCAGCUGGGCCACAUGUGGACUCAGACCGGCCAAUCAGGACUGCCCGUCACAGGAUCCGACCAAUCAGAGAGCAGAGCUUGAAGGACAUGAACCAGCAGACGAGACGGACGCUGUCAGCUGGUUGUCCUCAGCAGAAGAGCGACAGCAGGUCGGUCGUCUCUGUAAGUUGUUGAUUGACAGCGGCAGACUUGACUUCCUGAAGACUGAAGGCUUCAGCGGCAAACUGACUCGAUACGUGGAACCUCAGGUGACUCUGGAGAACAUGUUACUGACAGCUGUGACUGCAGAACCCGGUUCUGACAGCUGCACGCUCCUCUUCCUCUGCUGCGUUCUGAUGUUCGAUGGUAAAAACUAA